AUGGCAAUGAUUGGCAGAGCUUUACCCAGCGUCCUUUCUCAAUGCAGCGAUGGUUUCAAGAGCCUGAAGGACUCGCCAAGGGACUUGUACCUUACCUACAGUCUUAUGGUGCUUGAGAGUUUCAAUUACUUCAGCACGUCGUUGCUGUUUGUGCUAUACUUGACACAGGAAUUUGGAGUGGGUGACAUCGAGGCAGGAACCCUCUAUGGCUUGUGGGGAACUCUUCUGGUGGCCUGUGGCAUCGUCUUCUCCCCGGUCAUUGAUCUGAUAGGCUUCCGCGGGUCGCUGAUCGUUUGCUACAUCAUCAACAUAGCUGGCAGGUUUGUGGUGGCGACCACAACCAGCAAGACGGUGCUGCUGUGGACUUUGCUGGGCCCUGUGACCAUUGCAGGGUCACUGGGGACACCUGUUCAGACCAUCGCCAUCAAGCGCUACACCACUGAGAGCAACAGGGGAUUUGCCUUCUCGCUCUUCUACUCCUUCAUGAAUGUGGCUGCUCUUUUGUGCGCUUCACUGCUGGACCUGUUCCGGGUGAAGCUGCGCCAUGGCUUCAACAUUGCGAGCCUGCCUGAGAACCACUUCCUGAACGAUGGCAGCCGUCUGUUGCUGUUCAUGGGCUGCCUGACCUCCACGCUGGCCCUCAUCAUCUCCUGCUUCCUGAGAAGCAAAGUGGAGCUGGUGGAUUCUAUCAAGCAGCACAAGCUGAAGGGACAUGCAGAGGCAGAUGAUGUUGAGGAGGGAGGCCAGGAGCCUUUGCUGGAGGCUAUGGAGGCCAAGGAAGUCAAUAGGAAGAUUGGAGAUGGAGGAGCUGCAGUCACAGAGCCAAGCAGCGACAUUGCCAUCGCUGACAAGGGCCAGCAAACGUUUUGGGUCUCAUUCCUCGCUGAUGCAAAGGAGGUGCUGAUGUCAAGAGAGACCUGGAAGUUCAUGGCCAUGUGCGUGAUCACUGUCAACCUCAAGCAGAUCUUCAGGCACAUCGAUGCCACACUGCCAAAGUACCUCAUCAGGGCUUAUGGAUGCGAUGCUCCGGUGGGGCUUGUGUAUGGGAUAAAUCCCUUCAUGAUCAUCUUCAUGGUUCCCCUAAUUGGGGCGCUGACCACCAACUUUGCACACUUUGACAUGAUACACUACGGAUCGUACCUCAGUGCCUUCUCGCCCUUCUGGAUUGUGGCCUUCCCGUCCCACGAAUGGAGCGCUGUCCUGUUUGUGAUCACGCUGUCACUGGGGGAGAGCAUCUGGAGCCCCAGGUGGUACGACUACUCCAUGUCACUGGCGCCACAUGGACGCGAGGGCAUCUUCACAGCGCUCGCAUCCGCCCCGCUCUUUGCUGCCAAGCUGCCAACAGGCAUGCUGAGCGGCGCGCUUCUCCAGGCAUACUGCCCCGAUGCGCAUGCAUGCGACAGCGAGACAGGCGAGGAGACAGGCGAGCUGGGCAUGUCGAUUGGGAAAUCAGGGGAUGAUGCUCACAUUGAUAAGGUCUCUUUGCGAUGGGUGCGGCCGGCCGCGCUGCCUGCAACAGAGGAGCAGCCUGAGGCAGAGGGCAAGCGGCUGCUGGGCGCCCCUGACACCCACAUCGCUGUGCCAGUGCACGAUUUCCUGGAGGAGGAGGCGGUUGUGGACGGCGCUCUGUCCCACAUCCAGGAGGGGCGAAGGCGCUGA